AUCUGUCGGAGGAUGACAUCCUGGAUCAGAUAAACCCCUUCGUGCAGUUGAUCAGUGGGGUGGUGUGGCUGCUGAGAAACGGUGAGAUCUACAUCAAUGAGAGCAUCCAGGCAGAAUGUGACGAAACACAGAAGACUGGAAAAUUCCAGUACUUUGUGGACGUGAUAUCUGCCCGUACGGCAGUGGGUCACGAUGCAGAGGGCAAACUCAUCCUCUUCCACGUCGAUGGUCAAACGGGUGUAAGAGGAAUGAACCUCUGGCAAGUGGCAAAGUUUUUGAAGAAACAGAAUGUCAUUAACGCCAUCAAUCUGGAUGGAGGCGGCUCGGCCACUUAUAUCCUCAACGGAUCCCUGGCCAAUUACCCUUCAGACUACUGCAAAACUCCGAAGUGGCACUGCCCACGGGCGGUUUCCACUGUGUUGUGUGUUCAUGAGAGGAUGUGCCAGCCGGAGGACUGCAGCGGACAUGGGCGCUGCGUGGAGGGCCAGUGCGUAUGCCAGCAGGGCUGGAGCGGCCCAGGAUGUGCCAAUCUCACAUGCCAGACUGAAUGUGGAGAGCAUGGAAUCUGCACUGAGAAUGGAUGUGUGUGCGAUGCUGGAUGGAUGGGUUUAAACUGUAGCCAAGUAUGUGCAGCAGGUUUCUAUGGCGAUGACUGCAAUCAAACAUGUGCAUGCGCAAACGGAGGCUCAUGUGAUUCUGUUCACGGACAGUGCACCUGUCCUGCUGGUUUCCAUGGAGGUUUCUGCGAGAGAGAAUGCCCUCUUGGAUUCUACGGGCUGAACUGCAAGCAGCCGUGCCAAUGCCAGGACAUGUGCCCAUGUGAAUCUGUCACAGGAAGCUGCAACACCACAUACCAAGGAGAGAGAAACAUCAGCCUGCACAGAGCUGGUCACUGCCUGGCUACCCAGAUGUGGAGGGAAUGGAGACAAGAGGUGGAAGCUCAUGCUCCAAAACCCUAUUUGUCUGAACAAAGCUGGCUGGUUGUCUGCGCUAUCCUGGCAACGUCGCUGCUGGCCAGCCUCGCCGGUAACCUUAUCCAGACGUGCAGAAAAUGCAAAGCACGCGGACAGCGGGCGGACUACUCCUACUUGCCACUGGGAGAGAUCAACGGGUCCGUGGAGCGAAGCAGAGGACAGGGGAUGAAGUCUGGGAAAGUUAUUUUUCAGCAAGAAGACUCUGACUCGCAAGACUCCUCAUAACCGUGUUUCAAAAUGUCUGCGUUU